AUGUCAAGAAGAACUAAAAAGGUCGGUUUAACUGGAAAAUAUGGAACAAGAUACGGAUCUUCACUCCGUAAACAAAUAAAAAAAAUAGAAUUAAUGCAGCAUGCAAAAUAUCUAUGCUCCUUUUGCGGAAAGACUGCCACAAAAAGGACAUGUGUUGGAAUAUGGGAAUGUAAAAAAUGCAAAAGAAAAAUUUGUGGAGGAGCGUGGAGUUUAACUACCCCAGCAGCAGUUGCAGCAAAAUCAACAAUUAUUAGAUUAAGAAAACAAAAGGAAGAAGCACAUAAAUCAUAA